AUGGAAGUACGCGUUCUGGGUGAAUUCGUCCCUUUUGGGAAGACAUUUCUCGAGAGACGCGCAGCAAGGCGUAAGGAUCUUGGAAACCCCGAAGAGUCACAAGAAUAUCAAUUUGAUAUUGAUCAACCUUCUGAACCGAGAUCAGAGGCAUUUCCUCUCUGGGAUUUCAAUGGCCCUUCUAUAGCGCAAAAUAUUACACCAAAUUACAAGUUAUAUAGUGGGACAUCCGACGAUAUUGAAGACGACGUUUCUCAAAGGAAAAAGGAUUUUUGUCAAGAAAUUAUUGAUAAUGACUUUGAUGAGGAACUUUAUGUUAAGGAUAAAACGGUGAUAUGGAGUAAAGGAAAUGUGAUUAAAAAAAGUUUCACGUUUCAACAACGUGUUAAGCGAGCAUUAUUUGUUUGGUUCAAUGUCGAGGAGGUAAUAAAACAGUCAAAAGAUACGAAUGUCGCUUUCACGAACGAUAGAGGCACUAGAGGACUAUUUGAAGGAAUGUCAAUGAUAAGAGUGACCCGACAACGGUGUGUGUGCAUUAUGCUUCAGACAUUUGCCAAAGUCUAUUUUCCGGGUGGCAAGACACAAAUGCUGAGAAUGCCGUUUCCCGUUCGGGAAGCAGUUGCUCUCAAGACCGGUUUAUUGUUGAGUUGUAUGCAAGAGGAAGAAAAUGAUGAACACACGACGGCUGAUCUGCCAACACUGUAUAGCCUUCUUGAUCCUUUAGAUGAAAUAAGGCCAGUAUCCGUAGCACCAAAACUCUCCUACUUUGAUAAUCACAUCGUUAUAGGUCAACCAACGCGCCCAUUUGUGGCCAGUGACGAAGAUAUUAUAUUCGUAAAUCCUGUUGAUGAUGGUAGUUCAUUUAUAGUAUUGCGUAAUCGUGUGAGUGGGUUAUUUUCUGUCUGUAGAUAUGCUAUUAGGAAGGAGGAUAGUCGAAUUACUUUCGAACAAAUCGAAAGUAGAAGUCGACGCAGUUCCUAUGGGCUAGUACGUCAAGAUUCAACCAUGAGUGUGGACAGGUUUUUGUAUCCCGACACUGAAGGAUCCUCUCUUGCGGAUAAAAUAACUUCAAUGGAUGCAUCUCCGGAGAUUUAUUUGGAAUACAUCGAAACUGGUAUACAACAAGUAGAAUUUCUCGCGGAUUCACCAACUGAAGAAUUAGGUGAUGAUAGCACAGCUUUUAUUGCUCAUGAUAAUGAGGGACAGGAAAUACUAUGUAUACAUACUAAAUCUUCAAAAUGCAUAACACUGAUAUCCAUGGAACCUUGGGAUGGAGGCAUCAGAAUAUCAAACCAAUUGAAUGCGGCAGCUAUUGCUGCCGUACCCAUUAUGGCAACACGUGUGAGUUACAAUGAUAUUCUAAUACUUGAUGUCAAUCGCCGGUUGCAUUUAUGGACAGGAAGCGAAGGAAGCUUGCGCGUCAUGAUGCCAAUGUUGGUUUCGCAUCAAAACCUUUCGCCAUCGAAACAGUGUCUUUGCUAUCAAACAGAAGCGUUGUACGAAUCAAUGACGAAGCAGGCGACGUAUAAAGAGUCUGUUGUUAUCAGUCUCAGAGACAGCGUAAACUAUCGAGUGAAUUUGAUUCUUGAUAACCAAGAGAUCGUUCGUGCCAGUCUUAAUUUUGUCACGCGGUCAACUCUAGUACGAAGAUGCAUUAAUGCACUCAGUUUCGCAUUAUCGGCGAAAGAUUUUGGCGAAUUUUAUCAAAGAUAUCUUUACUAUCAGUUUGGAUGUAAGAUUGUUUGUGCACCACAGUCAUCUGAGUGGGAGAACUUUCUCGCCGUAAUCUUAUCUUUAAUCGAAUGGCAUUUUGAAGGUGUGCAGGAUGAGGACAGGACACGGUCCUUGCAUCCUGAGUGGCAAACUCAUCACUUUGAUAAAAACGACCCAUGGAUGGCCAUGCUUGCCAUUCACCAUUACAGUAAAAUAAAACUAGACACAGUGUUUCAGUGUUUAAAUAUAGAACAGGAUACUACGUUUAAUAGUCUAAAAGAUGCUUUUUGUCGUGCCGGAAGGAAAGCGGAUAAGCUUCGUGCAUUUUUCAAUAGUGCUACUUUUAUCAAUGGAUCGGACUGGCUUAGGACGUCAUUGAAGAAGGGCGACGAUUACAAUGGAUAUUUAAGCUAUAAAUCUUGUGAGGCGAUACUGUGUGCACUACAUCUUGUUCUUGAAGAUUUGAAACUUGACGUUGAUUCUCAUAAAUACAUGGAUGAUUUAUUAUCGCUACUACUGAACCUCGCUGUCUUUGUGUCUUGGGAAUCGUAUAAAAGAUGUUACGAGAAACAGAAUGCGAAUAUAGUCGCUCUCGAGAGUUGUCCAGUACGGAAGCAUUUUGAGCAAUUAUCAGAAGAUACGAUCUUUGCUACACCACCCGAUAUUUAUAAAUGGAUACUGACAAGGAUACGCACCGAGGGACCAGUCGUUUCCUUUCCAACGAUGGCAUUGAUCGAAAGUGAAUUUUCUGUGAAGCAAAAAAGAGCCGUUAGAGACUCUGCGAUCUGUGUGAGAACUGAAAAGUUGUGCGCAUUUUUUAAUAAACUCUUUAGUGAAGGAGCGGAGGCCAUGGUGCUUGAGAUGGCGACGUUGAAUUUCAAAAUGAAAGAUGUUGACGGGCUACCGUUUGGCAUUGGGCUUCCGCUGAAGGAGGCAAUCAGGGCAUGUCGUAAACAUCCGCCUGAUAAUUGGCCAGGAGAUGCUUAUGUGCUAAUAGGUCGAGAAGAUCUUGCUGAACUGACAUUUGGAAUACCCGUCACGUCGAUGUACUUCCAUUCUCGGCGUGGUCUUAACUUGGAUAAGCCACCAACGGAUGCUCAUACAAUUGCUCGGUCAGCUGUUACACGAGAAUCAACCACGACCAGCAGCAGCAACAAUGCCAGCGAUAAUAAAGAGAAGGAGAUGACAGGUACCGAGGUUUCUAAUCACGAAAUAACAGACUUGCGCUUUGAUAGGGAUCGUCGAUUAACGGAAGUUCAAAGACUCUUGCAAUCAUCAAACACCAUAAAAGUUGAUGGUCAACCAGGGGAUCAGAGUUCUGCCGAUGUGGAAAUUUCAGCUCAGCAGAUAGAGUUUGUACAAGCACAAGCGUAUAAAAACUUUGCACAUCCUGUUGGCCGCGCUAUUCUAACGUAUGGAACAUCAACUCCCAUCGCAACAGAAAGCUUCCCAAUCACGCAUCUUCCGAUGACUAUGAAAAUAGUUCCCAACAACACGGUCAUAGCAUUGGACAAGAUCCUUCGUCUACCAGAUUUUAGUGAUUGGCCCGAAUUUCACCAAGGAGUUGCAGCAGGGAUGCGUAUUUCCUCUGAUAGCGAAGAAGUAGAUGGUUCAUGGAUUACCCUCAAUAAACCCGCAGAGCUGAAUUAUACGCAUGCUGGGUUUCUAUUGGGAUUAGGUCUGAAUGGACAUCUGAAAGAAUUAGGAACUUGGCGAGCAGUGGACUAUUUGAUGAAAACUCCAAAGCAUGAUGCAACUUCUAUUGCAUUGGUAAUCGGACUUGCAGCGUCAUUCUGCGGGAACAUGGAUACGCAAGUUACAAAGCUUAUCGCUGUACAUAUACCUGCACUGUUACCACCAAAUUCUUCUUCACUUAAUGUAUCUUCUUUAACUCAAACGGCUGCGGUGCUUGGUAUUGGUUUGCUCUAUAUGGGUACAUGUAAUCGUCGUAUGGCACAGGUCAUGCUUAGUGAGAUUGCAGCAAAAAAUUGGACCACGGCCAUGACUACAGACCUUGAUUACAGCGAAGGUUAUUCUCUUGCAGCCGGUCUAUCUUUGGGUCUUAUAACUCUAGGAAAGGGAGAUGACGCACCUGGAUUGGCCGAUUUAAAUAUAAUGUCUCAACUGCGUUUAUAUAUGAUUGGAAACACACAAUCAUCAGAGAGCGUAUAUAAAAACAACGCAGAUAUCAACAUCAACGUGACGUCAUUAGGCUCUACAAUAGCACUCGGGUUAAUGUAUUUAAAAACUAAUAAUGCUAGUAUCGCAAAAAGAAUCCCAAUUCCAGAGACGGCUUUCUUCUUGGAUUAUGUACGUCCCGAUUUUCUUUUAGCAAGGAUUCUAGCUAGACAUCUGAUAAUGUGGGAUAAUAUUGAACCGACUUUGGAAUGGGUUGAGAGUGAUGUCCCAAGUUUUAUUAAAGAUGGGCUGAGAAAUGCGCAGAAUGAAAUCGAAGAUAGCAAAAUAGAAUCUUUUAAACAAGCAUAUUAUAGCGUAAUUGCAGGAUCGUGCUUUAGCCUUGCGCUAAAGUACGCAGGCUCUGCGGAUGAAGAUGUUUUACAAGUGAUUUUGCAUCAUCUCGAUCGCUUCUUGAACCUUGUCCAUGCAAGAGCAACUUUAUUCGAUCAACAGAUAACACGAAUGAAUAUAAAGACAUGUCUGAACGUCCUUGUAACUUGUGCAGGGAUUGUAAUGGCAGGUACGGGCAAUUUAGAAGUGCUCCGCCGUCUACGUAAGCUUCACCGUCCCGACAUAUCGCAUGUUGCCUCACGGUCCUAUGGUGCUCACAUGGCGACCGGUAUGGCAUUAGGGUUUCUAUUUCUUGGUGGUGGCACAUAUACGCUUGGAACAUCUGACAAGGCAGUCGCGGCACUCUUGUGUUCGCUAUUCUUCCGAUGGCCAGCUGAUCCUGUAGAUAAUCGCUCGCAUCUGCAAGCAUUCAGGCAUUUAUGGGUACUUGCAAUAGAGCCUAGGUGUCUUAUUGUACGCGACGUGGAGACACGCGAGGCGUGUCACGUACCAGUUACAGUAGUCUCAGUACGCCAAGAUAAAGCAAGAGUUUCGUCUAUGGUGGCACCGUGUUUGUUACCAGAGUCUAAAUUCGUCGUUACAAUUGAGAUAGAUAGUCCCAGGUAUUGGCCGAUAUGGUUAAAUUUGAGUAAGAACAAAGACCUACGGGAGAGGUUCUGGAAGGACCCAACUAUUUACGUCAAAAGGAAGACUGGACAUCUAAGCUAUUCUGAGGAUCCUCAAGAUAAUUGGAAUUUAUUAUCCCGUCUAUUCCCAAGACAAACUUUGGCGGCCAAACCAUCAAAAAGACCAGGGCUGAGUAAAAUGGAACUGGUCAAAGUAUUUUCCGCUGAUCCCCAGGUAUUAGCAUUCGCCAGCCAUCUUUGUGACGAUGAAACAGAUCGUGAUCUAGCAGCUUUUUGCACUGGAGUAUUACGGGAAUGUCUCAGUGCCGAUAAACCAGAAGCCAUUCAUAUAUAUCUUGCCUUAUAUCAAAAUCUGCAUAAUCCCCAAAUGGAUGUAAUAACAAUGUGGAACAUUAAAUUAAUCCUUGUCUAUUAUGAAACUAUAAUGAAAGAAGGUUCUAGUAAGAAUGGUGAUGAUGCGUUGAUCCAGGUGGCAUUUAUUCACUCUGUGAGACAGCAAAUGGAUAAAUUCUUUUCUACCGACAACGGAGAAGAACAAUUAUCGUCCGGAGCAUAUGCAGUAUAUAAUGAGUUGCUUGAUCAUGAUGUACUUAAAGCUGUGUGGUCAAAAAUACAAGAAGAGUUGUGGGAGCAUAGACGACCUGAUGAAUUUAGUUAUGAUCAGAUACAGUGGUUAUACGAAAUGAGCCUGUCAACAAAAUUUCCUGAAUUAUCGUUAAAGACGGUAAAGAAUAUAGUUAGACAGUCAAGACAGUCGUUAGCCGGCUUGUGA